UAAAAAUUCGCGUGAACUGUUAAACUCUGUUGUAUUCUAAUUUACGCGGUAUUUUUAAAGUGAAAUUUCUUUUUAUUUAAAAAAUGAUAAUCUCUUGAUUAUAUAGAUUAUUGUUAUUAUUAUUAUUAUUUAAAAGGAGUCAAUGACAUUUGACAUUGCUUACUUCAAGGUACAACGAUGACUUGCGCGGGAUAUUUUAUAGAGAGAGAGAGAGAGAGAGAGAGAGAGAGAGAGAGAGAGAGAGAGAGAGCUUUUAUUCGAAGUAUAAGCUCUACCUACGAAUGAUGGUAACUCGAAGUUGGUCAGUCAGUGAAAAGUGUUCGUUCGCGACACUCCUAACGUUCAUUCAAUCUUUCGGUUAUCGUGUUAUUUAUGUUUUCAUAUUACCGAUAUUAAUGAACUCAUUAAAAUCAGAUAAAAUGUAAGGUUUAGUAAUCGUUCGUUCAACAAAGUAUGAUCGGCAUUUGAAUUUUUAAAAGUUGGCGCGGAAUUUCAAAUGUUCGUUAUAUCUGAAAGUGUCGUGUUAUCGAAUUUGAAAAAAAUAUUAAUAUUUAGAUGAUAAUGAUGAUGGUGUCAAAGGAAUAUAUUUUAUUUGAAAGAUAAAUGGUCUUUCGUAAAUGAUAAUUAUCUUAACAUAAAUUUGUUAAACUAGACACAUUACCGAGUCUUAAAGAUCGUAAGGAGGAACGAAGACGAAACGUGUACGCACGUACAUAAAUCGUGAAAGCAACGUCAGAACAUGUUGAAUUGCAAUAGUCAUUUAUUAACUCGCAGAUCAAAAUACGCCACGAAUGAACAAUCCAUUGAGAUACUAUGCCGAUAGAUAAAAUAAAUGUUAACAAAAUAUAAGCUCACAAUAGAUGGAAAAAUUUGUCCGGGUACUAUGAGGGUGUAUCGUUCGGUAAAAAAAAUGGCAGAUGUAAUAAAAGUGAAGAUUUGACGAGUGAGAAGAAAAAAAAGAAGUAAAACAAACAAUGACAAACAUAAAUUCAUCCUACCGAUGGGGAAAGAACGAAUACGGCAGCAGAUAUCAUUUUUCUUAUUACAGUCAAUUCGGAGAAAGGGAUGAAGCGGCUGCUGUAGAGGUGACAAUUCUUCUCAUUACGUUCAUCUCAGCAAUCAUCGUCAAUGCCGGGAUGGCCGUUUGUGUGCUCAGAUAUAAAGAGAUUAGAACGCCCACGAACUUGUGCUUGGUGAACUUGGCUGCAGCGGAUCUAUUGUUUGCUCUUGGUAUCCCAGUAGUUGCUUACACCAGAUUAACGCAAUCUUGGAAACUUGGUGACGUGGUUUGCGCAUUAUUACCAUAUUCCGAGUACGUAUGUGGCUUUGUACUUUUAUGGACGCUUACGGUUAUAUCAAUAGAUAGACACAAGUGUUUGGCAGUUGCACCGUAUAGAAGUAUUCUGACUAAUCGAAGAGUGCUUUUCAUUUGUUUAACAACGUGGAUCGUCGCUUUUUUGGUCUUUCUUCCUGUUGCAAUUUGGUUUAAACCACGGGCAGUCUCGGGUGGUGUUACAAUAUGUACUCUUGUAUUUCCACAGAAAUCAGUGGUGAAGAUAUCACUUAUUUUUACCAUAGUAACACUCACCUUUACUUGUCUCUUACCAAUGAGCCUGUUGGUCUAUCACUAUCAACAAAUAUUGAAAAAAAUCCUUAAUACCCGAGAUAGAUGGGCUGUACCCUGUGUUGCUCAGGAUUUAACUGCCAUUAAAGGAAACAGAAGAGACUCGGAAUUAUCGGUGGUAGGAUCAUUAAUACCUUGGAUUGGAAGAAAAUCAUCAACAACGUCGGUUGUAGAACGUACCGGUAGAACUGGCAGUCUGUCGCAACACGAGGAAAUACGUCUUCACAAGCAUAUACGUGUUAUGCGAAUUUUACUGUUAAACGUAGUCGCCGUUUUAGUUAUGUGGUUGCCGAUAACGAUCAUCGCUUUGUUGCUUUUCAUUGAUGCACAGAGGCCACCCGAACAAGCUGACUUUUUCAUGAGAUCCCAUCAUUUCGUAUGGGCACUUAUUACUGCUCAAUUGAAUACUGUGGUCAAUCCUAUUCUUUAUGGUGUUUUCUCAGAGAACUUUAGAGUCUGUGUUAACAAAAUUCUACGACGUUGUUCUAAUAAAAAUGACGAACAAGAAGAUCGUAGUGCUAAUGGUUCAAAGAAAAGUGUCAAAUCAUUGGAUACCCUUCAAGAUCGAUUCGGUGGUCCAAAAAUACACAAUAGUUUUAGAAAUUCAUUGAAACAACCAAAAAGUUCCAGCUGCAGUAUGGGAAGUAUUAUAGAAAUGCCAUGUUCUGAAAAAAUUUAAGCAAUGUUUUUGUAUUUAAAAUCAAUUAUAAUAUUUAAUAAGUUAAUUUUUGUUCUUAUGAAUAAGUGAUAACUGUGUUGUUAAUUAUAUACACAAUUUUAUAAACUUUUUUAAGAAAUUGUUGUAACAAUGAUACAACACAUUUUACGUUAUGACAAUAUUACUUAUAUUUGCGAAUUAAAAGUCAGACAUUUCUUUUCGUA